UUACUGCAACUUUUUGCAUUCAUGUACAAUUAAAAAGAGAAACAAAAACAAAGGGUGUCAAAAGUCCCACGCUCAUCCUCCGAACUGUUCAUCAUCUUUCUCUUACAAAGUGAGCAAUAAAAUAUAAGUGGGGGGUCUUUUAGCUAAUAAGAAGACAUGGGUAAGAUUCAAAGCUGCAUGUAUGUUGUGUGUUUGCUGUGUUCUGUGACUCUUAACAUACUUUUUGUGGGGAGAUAUGUGUAUGUGAGUGGGAAGUGGGAGGUGGGUUGGAGCAGAAGGGCAGCAGAAGAAGCAGAAGCAGUGGCAGCAGUGUCAUGCUCGGGCCAUGGAAGAGCAUUCCUGGAUGGUUUGGUUGUUGAUGGAAGUCCUGUUUGUGAGUGCAAUACCUGCUUUGGAGGCCCUGAUUGCUCUCAAUUUUCAGCUUCUUGUGUUGCAGAUGUUGACAGCGGCGAUCCACUGUUCUUGGAGCCCUUCUGGAUGCAGCAUGCAGCUAGCAGUGCGGUAUUAGUAGCGGGUUGGCAUCGAAUGAGCUAUUCAUUUAAUGAUCAUUCCUCAAUCUCACAAGAACUAGUGAAGCUUAUCCGCAAGCUACAUGCCAUUGUUGGAAAUGCUAACACAACAGGCAGAUUCAUUGUUUUCGGGGCUGGCUCUACCCAGCUUCUCAAUGCUGCAGUUCAUGCCCUCUCACCCCUUAAUUCAUCUGCUCCAGCUAAAGUUGUUGCCACAAUCCCCUUUUACCCGGUUUAUAAAUCACAAACAGACUUCUUUCGAUCAGUGGACUUCCAGUUUGCAGGUGACACAUCCUUGUGGAAGAACAGUACUUCAGAUCCCACUUCCAAUUUCAUCGAAUUUGUGACUGCACCCAAUAAUCCUGAUGGAAAGUUGAAUAAGGCAGUUCUUCAAGGCCCUAAUGCCAAACCCAUUUACGAUCAUGCCUAUUAUUGGCCGCAUUUCACACCAAUUCCUGCUCCUGCAGAUGAAGACCUCAUGAUAUUUACCAUUUCUAAGCUUACUGGUCAUGCUGGGAGUAGAUUCGGGUGGGCAUUGAUAAAGGAUAAGGAUGUGUACGAGACAAUGUUAGAUUAUAUGAGUUUGAACACCGUAGGUGUUUCCCGGGACACUCAGUUAAGAGCUUUUAAGCUUUUAAAAGUAGUGACUCAAGGGAGAGGAAGAGAAAUAUUCAAAUUCGGUUACAAAACAAUGAAAGACCGGUGGGAAAAAUUGAACAAGGCCUUACUGAUGUCCAGACGUUUCUCUGUCCAGGAAAAUUCACCUCAAUACUGUACUUUUUUCGGCAAAGUGAAGAGACCUUCUCCAGCUUAUGCAUGGCUGAAGUGUGAGAAAGAAGAAGAUAAAGAGUGUUACGGAGUCCUGAAAAAGGCUGGCAUCAUUGGGCGUAAUGGUACUUUGUUUGGUGCUAACAGUAGCUAUGUUCGGCUCAGCCUCAUCAAGACCCAAGAUGACUUCGAUAUAUUGCUGCACCAAAUCAAUAAGUUAGUUGGUGAGGAAGAUGGCGGUAAAAGUAGUAUGUGAAAUGAAGUCAACCGUCGUAUGAUUCCAGCUGGCUGAUUAUCGUCUCUCUCUCUCUCUCUUUGUGAGAUUCUAUUUGCUCACAAAGUGAUAUAAGUUAGUGAAAUGUAUUACAUUUGUUUAUGGUUUGCAAUAUUUUAUAAAUAAAUAAAUUUUAAACUUGUUUUAUAA